AUGAUGACAUCUAGAAAGACUAGUACAAGCUGCCAGGCCGGGGGAUGCAGCUAUGUUCGCCGACAUCAAAGACGGAUUCUAUGCGUUAGCUGUGGAAAACGCGCGCUUUUGGCAGUUCAGGGAUCACACCGGCCAGCUCUGGUUCUUCCAUUCAAAGUGGGACCAAGAUCUGGAGCUACUAGCGCCCCCAGAGUCAUUGCUGAAAAUUAUUCGAAGAAUUGGACCGACGUCUCCAGCGCAUGGUCAUCAUACUUCCCAUAUGGCCACACGCGAUUUGGUGGCUUCACAUCGUCGACCAUGGCCUCGACCUCACUAUCCUCGAAGCAGGGGCAGUACACUACCUGGCUUCUAUCGCUAAGACACUCGGACGAACCGUACCACCGACACGACUUUACGGGGCCGUGCUCUACGAUCCGACCGCAGGCGUCUAAGCGCAAUCGUUGA